ACUUUCACACAUGGCAUUUGCAGUAAGUGCGCUAUGCUCGCGAUUCAAACUGCGCUAGUGUGAGUGGAAAAUACGGAGUUUUAUCAGUGAAAACUUUAAUCUUUCUCUUGCAAAUGUCAACACACUGUUUUCGAUCCAGUGAUUAAAAUGUGAUAAACCGGUUUUGUUGUCACACGAGGAUACAAUGCUUUUUGUUUUAAACCGAUCGUCAGUACAAAAAGUAAAAAAGUGUCGGUGUUUGUGAAAGAAAAAAGUACGCGAAUAAUUUCGAAGUCUAAUGCAGAUAUUCUACAAUUAGGAUCAUGACAACCACUGAACUCUACACUAAGGGUGCCAAGGUAUGGAUUGCACAUUUGCAAAAAGUAUGGGAAGGGGCAGAACUGUUGGAGGACUACACUCCAUCGAAGAAAACGUUGAAAGUUCAAACAGAAGAGAACGAAAUAAAAAUUUUAAAUCUCAAAGACGAAAACGACCUGCCCCAUUUGAAAAAUCCCGAUAUACUAAUAGGAGAAAACGAUCUUACGUCUCUGUCGUACUUACAUGAACCUGCCGUUUUACACAAUUUACAAGUUAGAUUUUGCGAUCAAAAGGAUAUUUACACAUACUGUGGAAUAGUUUUAGUUGCCAUUAAUCCCUACGAUGAACUUCCCAUUUACGGAAAUGAUACGAUACAAACUUACAGAGGGCAAGCAAUGGGGGAUCUCGAUCCCCACAUUUUUGCCGUUGCCGAAGAGGCAUAUACAAAGCUAGAACAAGAGCAAAAGGACCAAAGUAUAAUAGUUUCCGGUGAGAGUGGCGCGGGAAAAACUGUUUCCGCCAAAUACACCAUGAGAUAUUUCGCCACUGUUGGCGGUAGCGCCACAGAAACGCAAAUCGAAAAAAAAGUUUUAGCCAGUAGUCCAAUAAUGGAAGUGAGUUUGAUCAAAAAUACAGUUUCAUUAUGCGAACACAGCGUGCAAUACGAAAGUGUGGGAUUUUUAGAAAAGAACCGAGACACGGUCUUGGACGAACAAAUUUUUUUAAAUGUAUUAAACAUUUCUUUUUCCUUGGAUUAUAAACAAUUAAAGACACAAUUUUGUUAUCAUUUGGGCUUGAUAUUUUUAGAGGAUGUGAGUAACUUCCAUUACCUUAAUCAGGGUGAAAGUCCGGUAAUUGAAGGUGUAAGUGAUUUCAAUGCGUUUGCGGAAACUCUUGAUGCAUUCAAAAUGCUUGGUUUUUCGGAUAAUGAACUAAACAACUUGUUUAAAAUAUUAGCUUCCAUUUUGCAUUUGGGUAACAUUAGUUUUGUGGAUACAACUUUAUCCAUGGAAAACGAACAAAACCAAGAGGGUUGUCAAAUACCGGCGAAAGACAAAAGUUUGGCAAUAAUAUGCGAUCUCCUGGAAAUAAACGGCGAACAACUGAAGCAGUGGCUUUGCACUAAAAAAAUUACAUCGAUGAAUGAUGUAAUUUUGAAGCCAAUGACUGUAGAACAGGCCGUUAUGGCUCGUGAUGCAUUGGCCAAGCACAUUUAUGCGGAAUUAUUUACGUGGAUUGUUAAUGUCAUUAACAAAGCAUUGGAAUCUGACUCACCGAGGCACAAGUUCAUCGGUGUUUUGGACAUUUACGGAUUCGAAACGUUCGAAAUUAAUUCUUUCGAACAAUUCUGUAUCAAUUACGCGAAUGAAAAGUUGCAACAACAGUUCAAUUUGCACGUUUUCAAAUUGGAACAAGAAGAAUACAUACGAGAAGAAAUUGCGUGGACGAUGAUUGAUUUCUACGACAAUCAACCAUGUAUUGACUUGAUCGAAGCGAAACUUGGUAUACUUGACCUGUUGGACGAGGAAUGUCGGAUGCCUAAAGGUUCGGAUGGAUCUUGGACAGAAAAGUUGUAUUCGAAAUGCUCAAAAUACAAACAUUUUUCAAAACCCCGCUUCGGGAAUUUCGCCUUUGUCAUUAACCAUUUCGCAGACAGCGUGCAAUACGAAAGUGUGGGAUUUUUAGAAAAGAACCGAGACACGGUCUUGGACGAACAAAUUUUUGUAUUAAAAAACAGUAAAAACAGUUUUGUCAGAAGAUUGCUAUCGGAUAAUCAGGAAAACAUGCCGACAUCUGGCAAUAAGGUGAAAAUAAUGCCAGCAAAACCUUCAGCUGGGGCAAAAAAGAGUCACAAAAAAACUGUCGGUUCUCAAUUCAGAGACUCGCUCAAUUUACUCAUGUCAACAUUAAAUGCCACAACACCACAUUAUGUUCGAUGUAUUAAACCAAAUGACAACAAGGCUUCAUUUGAAUAUAAUCCACAAAGGGCCGUCCAACAAUUAAGAGCUUGCGGUGUCCUGGAAACGAUACGAAUAUCUGCAGCAGGAUUCCCCAGUCGAUGGGCUUAUAUCGAUUUCUUUUAUCGCUAUCGGGUUCUUUGUCGAUCCCGAGACAUAGAUCGCAACAACAUGAGAAACACUUGCGAGAAAAUAUUAAAUAAAUAUAUCAAAAACAAGGACUAUUAUCAAUUUGGUAAAACGAAGAUCUUCUUUCGAGCAGGUCAAGUGGCCUAUUUAGAAAAGUUACGAGGCGAAAAGCUCAAAAAAUGCUGCAUCAUUAUGCAAAGCACUGUUAGAUCGUUUAUUGCAAGGAAGAAAUAUUUGAGAUUAAAGAAAUUAGUAUUCAAUUUGCAACGUUAUGCAAGGGGCUAUUUGGCCAGACGACGUGCCAAUAAUUUGAGAAGAAACAAAGCCGCUAUUACAAUUCAAAGAUACGUCCGCGGUUGGCUUAAACGUACUCAAUAUCAAAGAAUCAGGAAAACCAUCCUCGGAUUACAGAGCUGUUGCCGGGGCUAUUUGGCCAGAAAGAGGUUUAUCUAUCUUAAAGACAACGCAAUGGCCAUCGUCAUUCAAAGGUUUGCUCGUGGAUAUCUCGCAAGGAAAUACUACAAAGAUACAAGACGGAGAAUCAUUAUUUGUCAAGCUGCCGUUAGAAGAUACUUUGCCAAGAAGCAAUACAAAAAGCUCAGAAUCGAAGCCAGGUCAAUCGAACACGUCAAGUCUCUUAACAAAGGUCUCGAAAAUAAAAUUAUUAGUCUCCAGCAGAAGAUUGAAGAACUUAAUAAAACUAAUUCUGAACUGAAGAACUUCCAGAAUGAAGCUUUGGAAUUAAGGACCAAAUUAAGUAAAUUUAAAGCGUUAGAAAUCGAAAUAAGAAACCUCAACAACUUAGUCAUCGAGAAAAACAAAGUAAUCGACAAGCUUCAAGAAGAAAUAAAAACGGAAAAAGAUGAUAAAGUAGACUUGGUCAACGAAUUGGACAAAUACAAAACUGAGAUUAACGAUAUGAAACAACUUUGGACUCAGGAAACUGCAAGGCUUCGUAAGGAAUUGGAAAAUAUGAACGAGAUCGUUAAAUCUAGUCAGCAUGAUACGGAAGAGGAUAUGAAGAAACGUUUGGAACAGGAAACUAAGUUACUUAUAAAUGAAUACGACAGUGAUCGACAGGCUUAUCAAAAGUUGCUGCAAGAGUAUCAUUGCUUGGAGCAGCACUGUGAAGACUUGGAGAAACAGUUGCACAACCAGAAUCGUCUGCUUCCGUUUCAUAACAGAAAUAUUAGUGAUAUCAGUAGUAUUUCAACAGUAGACGAAAGUCUGAUAACUACAAUUCAUGAAGAUCACGGUUAUGGCUCAGUCAGGUCAACUACAAGCACAAGCUCUCGAGGACAUUUAGACAACAUCGAUUGGAAUGAUACGGUGAAUGGUGUCGAUAGCCACUCAUCAGGUUCGCCAAACCAGAAAGAAAAAGAUGAUAAGAUAAAAAAUGAUGGCAAAGUCGACGUAAAUUUGGUUCUAAAAUUGCAACAUAAAUUGGUUGAGAUUGAAAGGGAAAGGGAUAGGAUGCAAAAACGUUUGGAUGAUAUCGAUAUGUCUCCGAGGACGGAGAAAGAACGAAACGCAGCACAUGAUGCCAUUAAGAUAUCAGAGUUAGAAGUUGCGAAUUGCAACUUGAAGACGCAACUCUUCGAACUUAGGCGAAGCAUUGACGACGGAACAGGGAGUAAGAAACUGGUAGAGGAGAUUAGCAACUUACAAGAACAAUUAGAUCAGAAAAUGGAGGAAAUUGUACAGCUGAAAAGUAUAUUAGCAAAUCAGACAAGCAAUAUGAAAUCGUUAGUUAGUAACAAAAUGAGACCUGAAUAUAUAAAUGAGGAUGGUGAAUUAGCAUUAGCUUACGAAACACAGAAGAGAAUUAAUAAACAGUUGGAGUUGGAACUUCAAGAUGAAAAGGCGAAAUUCAAAGCUUACGAAAAAGAUUAUAAAAACGAAAUCGAAAAAUUGCGAGAAGACAACGAACGUCAGCAACGACUGCUCUCGUCGAAUUUAAAUCCGCAAUCGCAAAACGAGGCAUACAUGCAACAUGAAAUCACAAGGCUCACAACAGAAAAUCUUAGUUUGCAUGAUCGCAAUGAUUUGCUCAAUGAAAGUGUCAGAAAGCUCAAAAAACAAGUGAAAAUAUUGACCAGAAAACUGAAAGAAAUCGGGCAAGAUUUUGAAGAUAACGUGAUAGAAAAUGAAAUCAACAAAGAAAAUGGAGAGGACAAGUAUGGUCGAAUGCAACCAGUGGUGAGAAAAAAAGAACGCGAAUAUUUGGGCAUGUUUUCCUAUAAAAGCGGCGACGAAAACGUUAUUAUGAAGCAUCUAGUUGUUGAAUUAAAACCACGUACAGCAGUUACUCUCCUUCCUGGUCUUCCAGCGUACAUAAUUUUUAUGUGUAUCCGCCAUACCGACUACAUUAACGAUGAAGAAAAAGUAAAAGCGUUGUUGUCAUCCUUUACGAACUCGGUUAAAAGGGUUGUCAGAAAACGAAACGAAGAUUUCGAAACAAUGGUCCUUUGGGAGUCGAACACUAUCAGAUUAUUACAUAAUAUGAAGCAGUACAGCGGUGACAAGGCAUUCCAAAGUAAAAAUACACCAAAACAAAACGAACAAUGCUUACGUAAUUUCGACUUGUCGGAAUAUCGACAAGUUAUUUCUGAUAUGGCUGUGUGGAUUUACCAAGGUGUUAUUAAAUUAAUGGAAGAGAAGAUUCAACAUCUAAUUGUACCUGCCAUAUUAGAACACGAAGAGAUUCAAGGUUUUGGAGGGAAACCGAGCGGAUUUAGGGGAAGAUUGAGUAGCAAAUCAAGCGAACUUAAUAGUCCUGGACCUAAGCAGAAACCUUUAGACACACUAUUACAAGAAUUAACAAAUCAAUAUAAGAUUCUUUCAUUUUAUGGGAUCGACCCAGAAGUGAUUUCGCAAAUUUUUAAACAACUAUACUACUUUAUGUGUGUUUCUAGUCUAAAUAAUUUGCUCUUAAGGAAAGAAUUGUGUAAUUGGUCAAAGGGUCUCCAAAUUAGGCACAAUCUUUCACAUCUGGAAAUGUGGACGAGAGAGAAGAAUUUACAGGAGAAAGACAUUCAGGCCACUCUUCAGCCCAUAAUCCAAGCUGCACAAUUAUUACAAGCACGAAAGAAUGACGAAGAUGUCGACAGUGUGUGCGAUAUGUGUUCAGAUCUUACAACUCUUCAAAUAUGUAAAAUACUUAAUCUUUAUACCCCAGUGGACGAAUUCGAACAAAAGGUGCCAGCCUCCUUUAUCAGGAAAGUGGAAGCGAAACUUCGGGAAAGGUCCGAUAGUAACAAGCAACAGACUCUUCUAAUGGACAUCUUAAUGAAAUUCCCUAUACGUUUUCCAUUUAAUCCAUCCGUUAUUUGUCUUGAAGACGUAGAGAUACCUGAGGUUUUGAAACUCGGUAAACUUUUAGAGAAAGUAUAAAUUGCAUUCCUAUUCGUUUUAACUAUAUUUUUCGAUCGAAAAUAACUGUAAGUGUUAUUUAUUUAUUUUUGUAUAUACACAAUUAGUACCAGUAUUAGAUAUAAUAAUUUUUUUUUGCAUGUUUCUGUGUGUGUUUUGUUUUACUAAUAUUCUGAUGUUAAAAAGAUACACAAAACAAUCCAUCGUCAAUAAUAUAUAAAUGAAAAUUGUUUAAUAACGAAAAUGCCUUAAAGAGAAGUGUGUUAUUGUUAAAAAAAAUCAAAAAUUAUUUAUUUGUUAUAAAAUUGGCCCUUUAUUCUAUUCUCAGACAGAGUAAAUGUUAUUGAAGGUUCCAUUAAAUUGGGGCUAAAUAACAAACAUGUAGCUAAUUUAUUACGUACUAGAGGUGGUUUUAUAUUUUUUAAAAGAAUUUACAUAAUAUGUAGCUUUCUGUGAUAAAGAACAACAUUAUUAUUGAUUGGUGGCAAUAUGCAUAUGUUCGCCAGUUUUUUUGGAUUGCAAUGAUAUUAAUAAUUAUUAGACUUUCAGCAGGAAACUGCUUCGAAGUAUUUUCCAAAAUACAGGGUGUGUUAUAGAAAAUUAUAAGCAUUAAGAAUCAGCUUUAUUUCACAAGUGUGAAAUGUUUCCAUGCAGUUAAUAAAUAAAUGAAAAACUAUAAAAGUAUUAAAAAUAAUUAAAACAAUUAUGGGGCUUGCUUCCUUGAAGUGAAAAAAUUAAAUGAAAUUAAAAAAAAAUGGGAAAAAGAAAAAACAUGAAUGCAGGACAGGAAAUUGUUAAGUACUUAUAUUAUUAUACUAAUACAUUCGGAAUCUAUAGCUGUAUUAAGAUUUAGGCAAUGGGCUACGGUCGAAAUGAAUGAUUAAGUUCGCGCGUGUAAUUGAUGGUCUUUAGCGAUACUACAUUGAAAACGUGGGUAAAGAUUAUACCCCGAUGUCUCCAUAGUAACCGAAUUCUACCAGCGCCUAAGUUAUUAGUAUAUACUGAAAAUAUCAGCUACAAUUUUCGUCAUUUUGAUUACGGCCCAACAGACCAAACUUAAUUAAGUCAUUAUUUCUUUUUUCAUAUUGUUUAUUAGCUAAAAAAUUCAGAUUCACACAUGGCGUUAACAUAUUUUUUGGUGAGUAUGUUUGGUUAUGCACCCUGUAUAUUUGUAACAGUAAGAACAUUCCUUAAAGGGCACACGUUUUCUUAUACAUGUAGGUUCUACGUAUAUAUCUCCAAAUAACUAUAGUAUGUAUUUGCAUAGUGUGCCAUUUAGAAUUCGAAUAAGUACUUCAAAAUAAUGCAAAAGAUAUUGGCGAGAUUUUGGGUUCUCCAUUUUACUUAGCAACAAUAUUUUCGUACGUAUUCAAUGCAAGAAAAUAUGAGCAAAAGAAAAGAGGGCAAGCUCGCCAUGGUAGUAAAAUUUAGAUUAAAAGUAUAGGAUAUUUAAUGCAUGCUCUUAUAGGCACUGCAUUGCAUACAUUCGUAGGUGAUAUGUUGUAAAAUACUAUGUAUGAAUGUAAUAUAUUUAUUUGAUAAGUUAAUUUUCCAGAGGUUUACGAAUGUUGAAAUUAAAUGUGUUCUGGUAUGGUAUAUAUUUAUAAAAAAAUGUUAUUGUUAAAGAAUACGCAAUUAAAGGUAUAUUUAUAUUUACAAGCUACACAACAUACAUACUCUAUGCGUAAGAAAACAAUAACAGUACCAAAUUUAACGAAUGUUAGAUAAAAUAUAAAAUAGAAGAAUUA